AUUAAACUUUGGCAUCUCCUUCUUCAUUCUGCUAAUCAACGCUUCACGAAAUCAUGAGAGACGAUCAUAAUUUCAAAUCAAGAGCACUGAGAUCAUGAUGAGAUUGAUAUCUGGGACGUUCCCGUCCGUCAAGCUUCGCGACCGCAGCCCUCUCUCCAAAUCUCCAAACUCCAUAAAAUCUAAAACUUCCCAAACCCAAGUUGCGAUAUCUUCUUCCCAACAAAACUCUAAGGUCUCAAGCCCCAAAUCAUGGUCCGUUUAUCUCAUUCUCUCGACCAGCGAACCCAUCAAAACAUAUGUCGGCAUCACCACCGAUUUCGCACGCCGAUUAAAGCAGCACAAUGGUGAAAUUAAAGGAGGUGCAAAAGCUUCAACUGCAGGAAGACCUUGGCUUUGUGCCUGCAUCAUCACUGGAUUCACUUGUCUAAGCCAAGCUUCCUCGUUUGAAUCGAAAUGGAAGAUCUUCACAAGAAAGUUACCGAGGAGAAAGAAAGAGGAGGAGAUGAGUCAGAGUGAUGCUUUGCUGCUACAUCGGAGGAGAGCUUUGGAUAAAGUCCAGGAAUCACUAGAAUGCAGUCACCUUGAAACUGACUGGAAAAUUACUGACCAGGUAAACACACAACAAACUUUUAACCCCAUGAGAAAUUGAAGCUUUUAAGAAACACACUAUUCGACUCUAUUGAGUCGUAUAGCUAAAUGUACUAGAGAUUGUAUGGUUUGAUUUGGUUUGUUUCUACAGUUUAUCUAAAAUAAUCAGAGAAGCAUCUUUAAGAGAGAUUAAGAUUUUGAACAGUCUGGAUAUUGUGGUUAUGCUAAGCGCUGUGAAAGUAGUCAGUGUUCAACAUUCAAACUCAUCUGUGCUUUUCCAGACAAAGAGGAACUAGUUUUCAUGUAUUUUUCUUAUCUCAUUCUAUCAUUUCUUGUAGCUAUGAUACCUUUCAGUCCUCUUUUAAACUGCGAACUAACUAAGGAUGUUCAGUUCUGUAAAAUCGAUUCUAACCGAGAAUUCGGUUUGUCUUUGUUGUCUUUUAACAUCAAAAAAUGUAAUUCGG